AAGGUUAAGUAGUUAAUGAAUGGUUCUUUUUAAGAAGGAGAUAUUUUUUAUUGUAUGAUAUUUUUUAAAUUCAAUUUCGUUCAAGAUAUCUUUAGAAGGGCGGUUGCCUAAUUUACUGAUUAAAUAGAAAUCUGGAAUCCCCCGGAGAAACAACCGUUGCAGUGCUUAAUCCUUCUGCAAUUCUGGAACUCCUUCGCUGGCAGGCGCGCCGCCGACGACAUCUUCGAAUCUCCGUCGACUGCUCCUUCUCUUCCUUUUUCUCUCUGUGAAGUCAAAAUUAAUCAUUCAGGCUUUCAGUGUGAUCAACUGCAGCCGGCAGAGAAAUGGGAUUUGAGAAAAUCACGGUGGUCAACCCCAUCGUUGAGAUGGACGGAGAUGAAAUGACGAGAGUUAUUUGGAAAUUAAUAAAAGAUAAGCUUAUUUUUCCUUUCCUGGAGUUGGAUAUAAAGUACUUUGACCUUGGCCUCCCUCAGCGUGAUGCCACCGAUGACAUGGUUACAGUUGAAAGUGCUGAAGCAACUCUUAAGUACAACGUGGCAAUUAAAUGUGCAACUAUUACUCCUGAUGAAGCACGUGUUAAGGAGUUCAACUUGAAAAAGAUGUGGAGGAGUCCUAAUGGGACAAUUAGGAACAUACUAAAUGGUACGGUAUUCAGAGAGCCAAUUAUCUGCAAAAACAUACCUCGGCUUGUGUCAGGUUGGACAAAGCCAAUAUGCAUUGGAAGGCAUGCCUUCGGUGACCAAUACCGAGCUACUGAUACAGUCAUCCAUGGACCUGGAAAUCUUAAAUUGCUGUUUGUACCAGAUGGGCACAAGGAGAAGAUAGAGUUGGAGGUUUUCAACUUUACUGGGGCUGGAGGCAUAGCAUUGUCCAUGUAUAACACCGAUGAGUCUAUACAUGCCUUUGCCGAGGCUUCAAUGAACACUGCUUAUCAGAAAAAGUGGCCACUUUAUCUUAGCACAAAAAAUACAAUUCUCAAGAAAUAUGAUGGAAGAUUCAAGGAUAUUUUUCAAGAAGUAUAUGAAACUAAAUGGAAAUCCAAGUUUGAGGAUGCAAGAAUUUGGUACGAACACCGUCUCAUUGAUGAUAUGGUGGCUUAUGCUCUUAAGAGUGAAGGAGGUUACGUAUGGGCAUGCAAGAAUUAUGAUGGAGAUGUGCAAAGUGAUUUCUUAGCCCAAGGAUUUGGAUCUCUUGGGUUGAUGACGUCAAUUUUGGUAUGUCCAGAUGGAAAGACCAUCGAAGCUGAGGCAGCACAUGGCACAGUUACUCGACAUUACCGGGUACAUGAAAAAGGAGCUGAAACUAGCACAAACAGCAUAGCUUCAAUUUUUGCAUGGUCUCGAGGACUUGCGCACAGGGCAAGGCUGGAUGACAAUGCUAGGCUGUUAGAUUUUACUGAGAAACUUGAAACGGCCUGUGUUGCAACCGUUGAAUCAGGGAAGAUGACUAAGGAUCUUGCACUUCUUAUCCAUGGACCUAACGUGGCUAGGUCUCAAUAUUUGAAUACUGAGGAGUUUAUUGAUGCUGUGGCUGAGGAACUGAAAGCUAGAUUGCCCAACAAAGCGAAGUUGUAAAUUCCUGCCUGCAAUUUUGGCUUUGCACAUGGCCAGUUAUACUGCGAAGUGCUGGUGUAAUGAUGCUCUAUUAUGAAAUAGUUUCAUUGUUGUACUGGACUACUCCUAAUCGUAUAAAAUCACCUCCUCACUUUUAAAGUA